AUGAAUACUAGCACAGCAUACGUACAGCGCGAACGCGAUGGCAAACAAGUCCUAGCACGUGAACAAGACACUCAAUUGCCCUCACGCGAAGCACACCAGAGUCUUGUCUCGGUGCAAUAUGUAGCCCAAAACCCCACUGAUGUACAAACACUCGACAGCAAUGCAUUUGGCGAAGGCACAGUGCUCGGCUGCGAUUUCGUCGGCACCGUUGAAGAAACAGGUAAAGAAGCAAAGCAACUCAGCAAAGGAGAUGUAGUCGCAGGUCUCAUCUGGGGAGGAGAAAUCAAAGGACUAGGAGCAUAUGCAAGUCACACAUUCGUUGAUGACCGUAUCAGCUUCAAGGUCCCCAAGGGAAUAAAGUUGGAAGAUGCGGCUACAGUGCCAUUGGCUUGUUGUACUUCUUGGCUGGCUCUAUUCUCAAAGACUUGUUUGGCUAUUCCGAGAAAGGAAGCAAAGACGAGUGUUUUGAUCUGGGGUGGUAGCUGUAAGUACAGUGAGGAGGUAAUGCUUGGACGGCUACUGAUUUAUCUACANGCAAGCGUGGGAUCCUAUGCCAUUCAACUCGCCUCCAUGUACAACUUGACCAUCAUCACAACCUGCAGUCCCAAAAACUUUGACAUGGUCAAGAAACUCGGCGCCACUCAUGUAUUCGACUACAACGAUUCUACUGUCGUCGACAAAAUCAAGGAAAUCGCUCCAGAUCUUGCGUACACAUUCGACACCAUUGGCUCCAAGGAUUCUUCUGCCCAGGCUUCUCAAGCAAUCACUGCCAAGGGUGGUGUAUUGUGUACUGUGCGUCCCGGCAAAGCAAACACCGAAAACGUGGCUUCGCAUGUCAAAGUCACCGAUGUGCUUGUUUGGACUGCAUUCCUCAAAGACCAUCAGUAUAAAGAGUUUCACUGGCCGGUAAGUGUUAUUUGGCUUCCAAANGAUGACCACGAACUCUCUGCCAAACUGUUCGAGAAACUCCCUGCUUGGCUGGAGCAAGGAAAAAUUAAGCCUAACAAUGUCAAGUUGCUCGAUCUGGAUUCCAUCCACGAGGGCUUUGACAUGCAUCGUCAGGGCAAAAUUUCGUCUUUCAAGAUUGUGUACAAGGUUUAG